AUGAUUUGUUCGAUGGUUAUGAUGAUGACGAUCGCCGACGCUCCUUUAAUGUUUGAUCGCGGAAAUAUUGAGCAUCACGCGCCGCUUCGAAUAUUGACGGGCCAAGAAAUCGCGAAGAGGCUCGCCGAGCAGGAGAAUGUGCAUCCUCAAGAACGAAAUGAGAAUGAUGAUUAUGUUAAUGAGAAGCCCGAUGAGCAUGAGCAGGAUUAUAAGGAGCACUGA